AUGGUACCAAAUGAAAACUCAAGCCCUUCCAAGAUGUCUACGUCGGACUCAUUAUUGCAUUCUUCUUCCAAGGGACUUGGAUCUUCGAUCUUUUUUCAAAGCAUUUCUCGAGGUUUAACAUUCGUGUUAAAUCAACUAACGAUUCGAUUCACGAGUCCUCGAGCAUAUGCAUAUUCCUCUAUCCAUUUUGAAAUAUUGAGAAGCACAAUAUUGUUUGUAAGUAGGGAAUCGGUUCGUCUUGCUAUGCAACGUAUGCCUUCUCAAGAAAACUGCAUUGAAGAUACAACGAAAUUACCAAUCCCCGACUCCAAGUACCGUUCUGGAAGACUACAACUUGUUAAGAAUGCUUCUUUAAUCUCUGUUUAUGCUGGCGUAAUUGUUUCCACUCUCGUGGCCCUAUUUUAUUUAUAUGCUAUGCCAAUGUUUCCCUACAAGACUACCUGUAUAUUAUUGUACUCUUUUGCCGGCUUACUCUACCUCCUUUCGGAGCCCUAUUAUCAAAUCCUGCAUUGGAGACGACAAUAUUCCCCCACUGCCUCUGCUGAGGGUCUAGGAAUCAUUUCCAAUACAGUAACCUCGUUCUUUAUCUUCCUUCUUUUUCAAAAUAAAAACCUUUCCGUUCUCCCGUUCGCUCUGGGAACACUUAUGGAAUCUGUCGUUAAUUUUGUCGCUUUAUAUUCAGUUGCCAAUGCAAAGUCACUAUUCAUUUUCCCUCGACGAGUAUUGCAUGAAGGGAAAUUGAUUUAUUGGGAGGAGUCUUUCCUCGGUGUCAUUUCUUCGCAUACGUUUCAUCUCCUACUCAAGCAUUUAAUGACAAAAGGCGACAAGAUAAUGAUUGCUUGGUACGCUGCACCUUCAGUACAAGGUCCCUACGCGUUAGCAUCAAAUUACGGGUCUUUGAUUGCCAGAAUCUUGUUUCGUCCGUUAGAGGAGCAUUCUCGAAUUGUGUUUGCUCAAUUGACACAUUCACCUGAAAAAGAGGACCAAAGAAAAGCAACUGUUCUUCUUCUUUGGAUUUUAAAGUUAUAUUAUUAUCUUUCUAUGUUUGUCAUUUUUGGGUAUAACUAUUCAACUAUUGUUUUAAAAUUUGGAGCUGGUAAGCAGUGGACCUCCGAUGAAAGCGCUAGUGUUCUAUCUUGGUAUGCGUUUUACAUCCCCUUUAUGGCCGUGAAUGGCGUUUUGGAAGCUUUUUUCGUAUCUACGGCCAGUUCUUUCCAACUCCUGAGUCAAAGUAGAUGCUUUUUACUUUCUACCAUCUUGUAUUUUGUAAGCGGGAAAGUGUUUUUAGAUUGGUUAUCUUUAGGAGCUCACGGACUUGUUUUGGCCAACAUCUCCAAUCUUACAAUUCGUAUCUUAUUUGUCGUUCAUUUUGUUCAUAAAAACUUUCCUUUCCUCAGAUUCUCCAAGUCCAUGCCGGGGUCAUUGAUUACCCUUAUGGCUGGUUUGCUUUCAAUCGUUAGCAAAACUCUUCUUCAUCAAUUUGAAAAUCACAGUAUUGGAUUACUUUUGUUUGUCGCAUCCGCACCCACUUUAGCAAUAAUCUAUGCCGUUGCUAUACUUAUACUGGACAAAGAUAUUUCUACAUUUAUUAUGUCACGACUAAAAAAACCUCAUAGAGACUAA